CUCUGCCGCAGCGUCAGCUCCGCCGCCGCCGCCGCCUGUUUUCCUCGGCGUCCGCCUCCGGCCUCCGCCCCCUCCUCGCCGCCGCCUACCCCGGCGCCCCGACCCCGCGCCCGGCCCUGGGACGCGCGGUGCCAUGCUGCCCCGGCCGCGGCGCUGAAGGAUGGCGACGCCUGUGCCCCCGCCCUCCCCGCGGCACCUGCGGCUGCUGCGGCUGCUGCUGUCCGGCCUCGUCCUCGGCGCGGCCUUGCGCGGUGCGGCCGCCGGCCGCUCCGAUGCAGCUGCCUGUCCUGGGAGCCUGGACUGUGCCCUGAAGAGGCGGGCACGGUGCCCCCCGGGUGCACAUGUCUGUGGGCCCUGCCUCCAGCCCUUCCAGGAGGAUCGGCAGGGGCUCUGUGUGCCCAGGAUGCGCCAGCCUCUGGGGGAGGGCUUGCCGCGGCCCAGACUGGAGGAGGAGAUCGACUUCCUGGCCCAGGAGCUAGCCCGGCAGGAGGCGGGGCGCCCCGGGCUCAAGGCCCCACCCCAGCUUGCGGGACCACAGCGGCCCCCGGAGGCGGCUGCCACCCUGGGGCUCUCGGAGCGAGGCCGGGGACCCGACCUGGGCCUACCCUCCCCGCGGGGAGCCCCGGCGCCCACACCCCGCCCCUCCCUGGGCCCCGCUGUGUCGUCCGGGCCUGUGCACGUGUCCCCCCUGGAGCCGCGGGGCGGGCGCGGUGACAGCCUCACACUUGUGCUGAUCCUGGCCUGCUCCGUGGCCGGCGCGGCCGCGCUGUCGGUGGCGGCUCUCUUCUGGUGGCGGGGAGGGGCGGGGCUAAAGGGGUGGCGUUCGCAGACGGGAGAGAUGGAGGUUCGGAACCCAUUGUUCGACCAUGCCUCGCUGUCCGCGCCCCCGCUGCAGUGACCCGAAGGCUGAUGCCCACCCUCUCGCUCACCCUCUCGAGGACGUGAUGCCCACUGGUGGGGAGGAGCAGGGCACCCGGCCUUUCCCAUUAAAGAGAGGGUGUCCUGACACACGCCUGCUCGUGGCUGGGGCCCCAGCGGCUAGGAACUCCUCGCGGGGCAGACUCCUGCCUGCCUGUGCCCCCUUGUUGCACCUGUCCCCUCAAGUGUGGAAACCCCCGAUCGAGGGGGGGAGGAGAACCCGAGACCAGGCAUGGGUGGUAAUGCUGGAGACAAGCCAAUUAAAGUACAUUUCAAAUCUUUG